AAUCUCUACCCUGGGGGUUGAUGGAAAUGCAAAACCACGGUCUGUAACAGUUCGUGGUUUUCUAGUUUUGGUUGGAUUUUAUGGAUUUUUAAUCACAAGUAUUUAUAAAAGUGGUUUAGUAGCCAACCUAACACAGCCACCCCUAUCAGAUGUUCCGAAUUCUCUUGAUGAGUUGAUCAAAUCUCCAGACUUCAGUUGGGGGAUAGUGGACAGUGGGAGCAUUGUUUCCGACCUGUUUUCUACAUCAGAUCUUCCAAUUUACAAAAAAAUAUUCUCUGGAUUGAAUGUGUGCCCCAGUUCUUUAGAGUGCUUGCAAAAAUCUGUCAAAGAAAGAUUUGCGUACAUUGAUUUUAUGGCAUAUCAGCAGGAUCUUAUUACAAAAAACUUUGUUGACAUCAAUAGGAAGAAACUACUUAUACAGGCCCGGGAAGUAUUUAACAGUCCUGCUCCUGAAGCCUGGGCCUUGAAACCUGGAGCUUUAUUUAGACCAGUUCUAAACAAUAUCUUUCACAGGCUUAAUCAGGCUGGGAUUCCUGGUAAAUGGGAGUCAGAGCUGCUGAGUAGAUCAGCAGCUGCAGGGGUUGAAGCUGCUCAGGAGAAGCUGCAUAGUUCAACAGGAGCUUCUGAGGAGAGGCUUAAUCUCUACCAUCUUCAGGCCGCCUUUUUGGUGCUUUUUGGCGGAAUCCUUUUAUCCUUGGUCGUAUUUUUGCUAGAAAUAUGCUUUAUGUUUGUUUGCAAAUAAAUAGUUUUAAACAUUUU